UGUGAGGGGAAGAGGACAGCGGAGAAGAAGCGCAGUAAAGGACAAAAAAAAAAAAAAAAAGAAAAAAAAAAAUUUAAAUAGACUUGACAGGAUUAUAAAUAAUGAAACCAACAAUUAAACAUAUUCAAGGAAAAGCAACCUGAAAGUAUCGUGUCAACUGCCUUUAUUGAAGGAAUCUAAGAAGCUAUCUUUGCUAGCUACCGAUGACGUAAAAUUUGUUUGCUAAAUAAAUAAGGUUAACGACUUGCUCGUUGAAAAAGAAGCUGUGUCAUUGAGUAGGCAGGGCACGUCAAGACAGAGAACGGCUCUUUAGCAACAAAACCGACUGUGUCUGCUGAAGAGAAUCGUGAGAACACGUUCUGUUUUUUGUCUCGUCAGGCGCAGCUAAAAUCUACUGCUGCGGUCGAAGCAGGAACGCAUCGUCGGAGUCUGACGUCGCCUUGGAGCCAAGGGUACGAAAAGAAAAUAAAGCAAGCAGAGUUUGAAUAUAUUGUCAGGGAGAUACUGGACAAGAUCAAUGGGGGAUUACGGAUUUGGAGUCCUGGUACAGAACAACUCCGGUAGCAAGUCGGCUUUCCCAGUAAGAAUUCACCCACACCUUCAGCCUCCACACCACCAUCAGAAUGCCUCUCCGGGCCCGGCUGCUUUUAUAAACAACACAGCUGGGAAUGGCAGUAAUGGUGGCUCGCCGUGGCUCUUUCCUGCGGCUGCUACCCAUGGCAACAUGCAAGAUGAAAUUCUUGUGUCAGAAAAGCCCAAAGCCCAGCAGCAGCAGCAGGAAAUGCAAGAAACGCAAGAAAAACAGCAGCUGUCUCCAGGCCACCAGGAAACUGGUAUCUUAUCUGAGUUGGAAAAGACUGCGUCAGAUGAGAAUAAGGGGGAAAACGGCACGGCAGAGGGCAGUAAUGGGAAGGAGAAGCUGAGAAUGGAAUCCCCUGUGCUCACAGGGUUCGAUUACCAGGAAACCUCGGGUCUAGGGACUGCUACCCAGUCCAGCACAUCCUCUUCUCUGACUGGCUUCAACAACUGGUCGGCUGCGAUUCCGCCCACCCCGUCAACAAUUAUAAAUGAAGAUGUCAGCUUCUUCAACCCUGCUGCCUCUGCCAACAGCGGGCCCUUACUGUUCCAGAAUUUUUCCCACCAUGUCAGCCCAGGCUUCGGGGGCAAUUUCUCCCCCCAGAUUGGACCCCUCCCACAGCACCACCCCUCUCACCCACACUUCCAGCACCCUCACAACCAACACCAACAACAUCGCAGGUCCCCUGCAAGCCCCCACCCUCCGGCUUUCUCCCACCGCAAUGCAACUUUUAGUCAGUUGCCCCAUUUGUCAAAUAAUCUAAAUAAGCCCCCCUCACCAUGGGGCAGCUACCAAAGCCCCUCACCCACACCCUCCUCCACUUCCUGGAGCCCAGGUGGAGGCUAUGGUGGCUGGGGAGGGUCUCAGGGUCGGGAUUACCGCAGGGGCCUCAAUGGUGGAAUGACACCCCUUAACUCCAUCUCUCCAUUGAAGAAGACUUUUCCCAACAACCACACGCCUUCACAGAAGUACUCUCGUACGACCCCCGGUUUCAACCCCAAAUCCUGGAUGGAGGAUAGUACCACUAGAAGUGAUAACAUAUUCCCAUUUCAGCAGGAACGCACCCGGUCUUUUGAUGGCUUUAACAUGCACUCUCUGGAGAACUCGCUGAUCGACAUCAUGAGGGCAGAGCAAGAUUCCCUGAAAGGCCGACUGGGAUUUACUCACCCAGGAGGAGAUAGUCCUUUACCCAUAAAUGCAAGGAAUUAUGGAAGGCGGCGAGGCCAUUCUUCCUUGUUCCCAAUGGAGGAUGGCUUUGGUGACGAUGAACGGGCUGACCAGGGCCUCCCUGGGCUGGGUUCACCUCACUGCUUCCCUCACCAGAAUGGGGAACGGGUUGAGCGCUACUCCCGCAAAGUCUUUGUUGGAGGCCUGCCCCCGGACAUAGAUGAAGAUGAGAUUACUGCUAGCUUUCGGCGCUUUGGUCACCUCUUUGUGGACUGGCCUCACAAAGCAGAGAGCAAGUCUUACUUUCCUCCUAAAGGUUACGCAUUCCUCCUAUUCCAAGAUGAGAGCUCUGUCCAGGCUCUGAUCGAUGCAUGCAUCGAGGAGGAUGGCAAGCUCUACCUAUGUGUGUCCAGCCCCACCAUUAAAGACAAACCAGUUCAGAUUCGCCCGUGGAACCUGAAUGACAGCGAUUUUGUUAUGGAUGGCUCUCAGCCUCUUGACCCCAGAAAGACCAUUUUUGUGGGUGGAGUGCCGCGCCCUUUGCGUGCAGUGGAGCUGGCGAUGAUAAUGGACAGACUCUACGGAGGAGUUUGCUACGCAGGCAUAGAUACGGACCCUGAGCUGAAGUACCCGAAAGGGGCAGGGCGGGUUGCCUUCUCUAAUCAGCAGAGCUACAUUGCCGCUAUCAGCGCUCGCUUUGUGCAGCUGCAGCAUGGGGAAAUCGAUAAACGAGUGGAAGUGAAGCCAUAUGUCUUGGAUGACCAGCUGUGUGACGAGUGUCAGGGCACACGCUGCGGGGGCAAGUUUGCCCCUUUUUUCUGUGCCAACGUCACCUGUCUCCAGUAUUACUGUGAAUACUGCUGGGCGGCUAUCCACUCACGCGCUGGCCGGGAGUUCCAUAAGCCUCUGGUAAAGGAGGGUGGUGAUCGACCCCGGCACAUCUCGUUCCGCUGGAACUGAGAGAGGCCGACAAUAGGAGGUGGGGGCGCUACGGGUGGCAAUGGCCGUGUAGUUGCUAAAUGUUAUACUUAUAUAUUAUAUAUAAAUGCACUUUUCUGUUGCUGGUUACUUUUUAAGUUUAAGUUUUAAUUUAAUAUAUUUAAAAAAAGAAUUUAGAGAAAAUAUUUUAAAGAAGUUUAAUUUCCCUUUGACUGUGUAUGAUUUUGUAGUAGUUGAAAGCAAAGUAAAAACUGAGUAUGAAUAGAAAUAUUUUCAUGGUCAGAUGUAAACGAAAUGCACCCGCUAAUUCAUUGUGUAAUUGGGAAAGCCUUGACCUCUGAGCACAGAGCAUUAAUUCAUUCAAGUUUGAUUAAAGUACAUCAUUUCCAUCAGGAAUGAUGUAUGACGUGAAAAAGAUUGUGUUUAGACUACAGCCCACUUGUGUCUUUGUUAGAGAGCAGAUUUUGACUAAUUUCCCAGCCCAAAACUGAAUAGUUCUGAAAAAAGAAAAACUUGCCACAGAAUGGUGGAUUCUUUCCAAGGUCAGUUCUAGUGCAUUCUGUUAAGUCCCAUUCUAAUAUUUAUUAACAAAACUGAUUUCCUCCAUUUGAGUUAUUUCCAUUUUGACAUGCAAAAACCUAAUACCUCAAGCUUAGCUGCUAAUAUUAUAAGGUAUAAUUUAAAAGAAGAAAGAAAAACAGUUCUCCCCUUCUCUGAAGAUGAUAAUCAAAGGGAAACAGCAUGAGUUAAAGAUGUACCAAGUUAAACAAUGCUUUUCCACUUUGGUUUCAUUAUAAAUAUAUUGCCAAUUAAAAGGAAAAAACCUAACUGGAGCAUUAACUUUCUGGAUCAGGGAGUGAAUGCUGUUGAAGGAGUAAAAGGCAACCAGAUUGCAGGCCUGUAUUGUGAGCAGUGAUCCCUCUGUUUAUAUUAUGUUAAUUAAGAAGGACCGUUUAGCACAGCCUGCAAGUGCAGAGUAACCAGUGCACCAGUUUACUGUAUCAUAACCCCACGUUUGAUUAAGGCACAAUGUAGAAAACACACUGGACUAAUGAGAGCAGGAGGGCACCAACACCUAUUCGUCUUAUGGGAAGAGGUGAUUCCGAAAGCCUGGUCACACUUCUGUACCACCUAUACCAACUCACCUAAUGCAUGUUGAAAGUUGAAAUAUAUAGCAUGCUUUGCUGCGCUACUUGCUGCUGCUUGCAAGUUAACUCGUUCAGACCAAGACUGAAUUAAAGAGGUAAUAUCUAGAUGCUUUAAGGUAACUCCCGCCAAAGAUGGAUGUGCAGCAGUGAGUAAUACUGUAAUGUAUUGUUUAAUUGUUAAAAUUUUUCAGUUGAAAUUUUAAGUUUUUUUUUUUCCUUUUUUUUUUUUUUGUAUUAUUUAUCUUAAGAGGAUGGGACAGGCUCCAGCAAACCAAAGAUUGGCCUUGAAUUGAGCUCAGUCGAAACACGGACACUGACAAAACAAUUGAACUUGCAGGCAGACUCAUCACCACAAGUCAGUCCACUCAUUUUCAAAGGUCAGAAUGGAGACAUUUGAUUUGGAAAUAACUGAAAACAAAAGCUUACAGUAGCUAUCGGUAAAUUACAGUUGUACUGUAUUUGAAUCUGCUAAUGUAACUUGUCAGGGAUUUUAGUGCUGAAAUAUAACUUAUUAAUAUACUAGUGAGAACUUAACCCUGUGUUGGCUUGAUGGUGUUACAGCACCAGUUCUACCAUGACUUCAGUUUGUGGACGUAGUGGUUGAACACUUUAGUAGUUAACACUUUUUGAAGAAUUUGCUGUUUAUGAGAUGAAAAAAGUGAUUAUUUUAUACAUGGCCUGCUGAUUUUUGGUACAGUGUUUUCUAGCGAAAUUAUUUUGUCAUGCACAUAUAAACAUUUAUUAUGCACUACUUUUCUAAAUCUUUUUUUCCAACAGUCAUUUUAGGCACAUUUUUCACUAAUGGGGAAAACUCCUUUUUGCAAUACCUCAAUUUUUCACAUUGUGAAAGGUAGCUUUUGUACUUUUGUUACUGAAAGAUCUACAUUUAUGGUAAAUUUCAUUUAAAAGAAAGAGUGGUUUUAAUAUAUUUUAUUUUCGAUUAUUAUGCUUUUUAUACAUUUCAGUGCUGAGGAAUCUACAGCUCUUGUGCGUGCAUUGGUGUUAACGUGACUUCAGUUCUGCAGAGGAGAGAAGUAUAUUGUUUAAGAUCUUUGACGAAAUUUCAGUAUAAAUGGGAAGAUCUUAGAGCAUGGCAAGAAUAAGUUGUCGUUAAACAAAUGUCAAUAUGUCAGAUUUUCUUCAGCACCUGGCUGUAUUAAGAUUGAAAUUACUUUUGUUUUUGCUCCCUUAUAAUAGCUGGAAUAUAACUAUAAUAAGAAAAAUGCAAACUUGGUUUGUGUUAGACUGUAUCACAUAUCAGAAGAAUGGAUGUUAGGUGUUUAGAUAUUUCAACAUUUUAAAAUAUAUAUUCUUGAACUGCCAACUAGCUCCUAUUGUACUCCUUAGCAUGCAUGACUUAAAAAAAGACAAAAUGAAGUAAUUACAGGAAUAAGCUUAAUAAGCUGAAAUUAAUUGUUGUGAUUGUGCACCAGACAUCUUUAUAAACAUUUAAUUUGAGUACGCCACCUCCCUUCCUGAUCUCCCCAUGUGUUAAUCACUAUGCCUUCACCAUACACAGACCUCUGCAGGAUACACAGAGAAACUCUAAAUCAAUUUUGCAGUGCAGGACUUAAGCAUACUAUGUUAGGACACUUACAAAAAGACUUGAUCACUCAUCCCCCCCUUCCUUUUCAAGCGCUCUCAAGCCUUGGGAGAAAGGGGACUUUAAGACUUGAAUGUGGUAAAUGUUGCAAGUUAACUUCGAGUUGUUAUG